UGUGAAUUUCGCCGAAAGAUGGCGGCGCCUCCAGAUGAAGAAAGCUUGGAGUCUCGCAUCAAUAAAGCUACCAACCCACUAAACAAGGAUACGGACUGGGAGAGUAUCCAAGGCUUCUGCCAACAGCUGAGCAAUGAACCUGAGGGACCCCAGCUGGCUGCCAGGUUACUGGCUCAUAAGAUCCAGUCGCCUCAGGAAUGGGAGGCCAUGCAAGCCCUCGCGGUCCUAGAGACGUGCAUGAAGAACAGUGGAAAGCGUUUCCACAACGAAGUGGGCAAGUUCCGCUUCCUCAACGAGCUCAUCAAGGUUGUGUCACCCAAGUACCUGGGUACCAGGGCACCAGAAGCGGUGAAGAAGAAGGUUCUGGAGAUGAUGUACAGCUGGACGGUGGGGCUACCUGACGAGUUAAAGAUAGCAGACGCCUACCAGAUGCUCAAGAAACAGGGUAUUGUGAAGCAGGACCCAGUCCUUCCUGACGACAAUCCACUCCCACCGCCUCCAGCCCGACCCAAGAACGCCAUCUUUGAGGAUGAGGAGAAGUCUAAGACGCUGUCUCGACUCCUAAACAGCACCCACCCAGAAGAUCUAAGAGCAGCAAACAAACUCAUUAAGGAAAUGGUUCAGGAGGACCAGAAGCGCAUGGAGAAGGUAUCAAAGCGCGUCAACGCCAUCCAGGAGGUGAAGGAGAGCGUGGGCCUGCUCAACCAGCUGCUGGGGGACUACAGCAGGGAGAGCAGCUCCCAGAGCAACGAUGAGCUCCUCAAGGACCUGUACCAGCGCUGUGAAAAGAUGCGGCCCACGUUGUUCCGACUGGCCAGCGACACGGAGGACAACGACGAGGCCUUGGCGGAUAUACUGCAGGCCAACGACAGCCUCACGCAGGUCAUCAACCUGUACCGGCAGCUGGUGAAGGGGGAGGAGGUGAACGGAGACGGAACAGCCACGCCCACCCUACCAGGAAGCAGUAGCACGGCUCUCCUAGACCUGACGGGAUUGGACACCUCACCCGCCGGGUUUCCCUCCUACCCCGGCACUCCGUCUCUGCAGACGCCAUCGCAGGAGGCGGGCCUUAACCUACUCGACGAUGAGCUCAUGUCGCUAGGUCUGAACGAUGUCACGCCCAACUUCAACCCGACCCCUCAAGCAGGAGACUGGAACUCCUUUCAGUCGUCCGACAGCAUCGAGCCCACAGUGCCAGCGGUGCCCAAGGCCAUGCUACUACCCUCGGUGACCCUGACCCCCCACACUCCAGCGGUGGGGGCCCAGGCCACUCCCGUCAAGCCCAUGGAUGAGCUCGAUCUGCUGGGCAAGACCCUGCUGCAGCAGUCCCUACCUCCAGGGAGCCAGCAGGUCAAAUGGGACAAGCACCAACCUCACUCCAGACCCACCUUGCGAGACCUCCAGACCCAGUCAAGCUCCAGCCCCAGCUCUGUCCCAAGCACCACCAUGCCAAGCCCCAUCCCGGCCUUCUCCGCAGAGCAGCCUGGGGCUCUCCUAAACUCCCAGCCCGGCCUCGGGGUUCCCGCUCCAGGCACGGCUGCACCAGCUCCGCCCCCUGAGGACGACAUCUCCCUGGCUAACGUGACAGUGCCUCUGGAAUCCAUAAAACCCAGCAGCCUGUUGCCCGUGACCGUGUUCGACAAGCACAGCCUGAGGGUGCUCUUCCAUUUUGCGCGGGACUGCCCUCCGUCGCGGCCCGACGUCCUCGUGGUCAUCAUCUCCAUGCUGUCCUCGGCCCCCGCACCCGCCACCAGCAUCCGCUUCCAGUCUGCUGUCCCCAAGGUGAUGAAGGUGAAGCUGCAGCCCCCGUCGGGCACCGAGCUGCCGGCUUUCAACCCCCUGCUGCCCCCCGCCGCCCUCACACAGGUGCUGCUGCUGGCCAACCCCCACAAGGAGAAGGUGCGGUUGAGAUACAAGCUGACGUUCGACCUGGGGGAGGAAUCGCACGACGAAUCGGGGGACGUCGAACAGUUCCCCCCUCCCGACACCUGGGGGAACCUUUAGUGGGGGGAAGGAACCUUCCUGCCCCCCCGAGAACUUCCUGUCACAUGAUCCGCUGCUUCCUUCAUGGGUGUAGAUGGAUGGACCCCCCCCCCCCCCCUCAAUCGUUGUUCCCGAGGAGUGAGACAUUGUUAGCGGUGACGGAUCAGGCUUGGGGAAAGGAGCUGGGAUCCUGAGCGGUCUGGGAGGUGUAGGGUUCCCCCCUCGUGCCUUUCCCGUGUCCUGUCCAGUCCUCCUUUCGUCAUCCCCCUUUUCUUGUUUCCUCAUCUCAGCAUCAUCGUACUCCUUCUUCCUUUGGGUUUGGUUUUCUUCAUUCCAACAACCCUACUCCCAUCGAAAAGACGCGAAAGCACUACUGCAUUUGAAGAUGACGUCACGUCAUCGCAGU